AUGAUCGCCCUGGUGGGAAAGAGAGAUUGGCACAGCAAUUCAAAGAACAUGUGCACCAAGUUGGUAUUGCUCACACGACCUUGCAUUCCAAAAAGCAAUACGUUGACACGAGAAGGAUUUUUCUAUAUCACAAAUAUUGGCUUAUCUCAGGAGGAAAUUGAUCUCCAAUUCGCCAUUGGAAAGGCAUUUUUCGAACUACCCGAAGAAGAACGACUCAGACACCGUGCUCCCCUGGAGAGGGGCAGCUAUAAUGGCUACCGGCCAUUGGGAGCAUUAAGCCUUUCCCCCGGAAUGCAAGAUACACUUGAAUUCUACAGUAUAUUCAAAUUCAUUCCCCAGAGUGAACGAUCACAGCCAGACGUGAUCAAGCAGUAUUCCACAGAGAUUGAGAAAUUCUCCCGCUUCAUGCACGAGAAUGUAUCCUUCAAACUGCUCCGAAUACUAGCGACUAUGCUCGAACUGCCAGAAGAUCAAUUUGUGGACGGAAACCGCUAUGAAGACGAGUGUGAUAGCUCGAUUCGCUAUAUGCUAUAUCAUGCUCGGUCUCGGGAAGAAAACAAGACGUUUAACGAUGUGUACUUCCGUGGACACACGGACAAGGGAACAUUGACAUUUCUCUUCCAACAACCAAUAGCCGCAUUGCAGGUGCAGCAAUCCAAAGAUGCGGAAUGGGAAUAUUUGAGGAUUCCAGCCGGCUCCGUCGCUGUCAAUAUCGCUGAUACGCUGCAGUUUCUCACAAAUGGAUACCUCAAAAGUGGAUUCCAUCGUGUGAUUGCGCCGCCAAUGGAUCAGGUUCACCUUAACAGAUUGGGGCUGUUGUACUUUGUGCGCCCGACUGACAAGCUGCCGUGGAGGACACUGGAUAGCCCCUUCUUGCAGAGAGUGGGAUGUGGAAAAACAACAACUGAGAAUGAUCAGGAUGUUUCUGGGCUGGAUUGGUGGCGAGCUGGAGUAAAGGCUCGCAAGGGAGCGAACUAUAUUAGUUCAGCAGCCAGCACGAUCUAG